AUGCUGGAAUUUAAACAAGACUAUAAGAAUAAUCAGAUAGAAGUCAUUGUCGACAACGCAAGAACUCAUACUGCUAAGGCAUAUUCAUUACAAGAAUUUGCUAAAGGCAUUGGUCAUCGGUGUCCAGUCGAUCAGAUCGAAUAUCCCGACGAAAACGGUGUAACAAAAGUUAUUGAUUGUUAUUUUAAACAGGGACCAUACAAAGAUCAAUCAAAAGGUUUAGCUGAACUAGCUAAAGAAUUAGGUGUACAAUUACCACCUAAGGCUAAACUAGAUGAAAUUCGUGCAUUACUUUCAAAACAUCGAGCUUUUCAAAACGUUAAAAAACUUGAGAUGUUGGCGAGCAAAUAUAAUGUUAAGAUUAUAUACUGUCCUAAAUAUCAUCGUGAACUAAACGCAAUUGAAGGUCUUUGGUGCAAUCAAAAGGCAUUUGUUCGUUCACGUACAGAUCAAACUUUUGAAAAAAUGAUAAAAUUAAUAGCGGAUUCUCGUAUACAUUUUGUCGAACGAAAUAUUGCAUUAAAACUAUUCCGCCGUUUCUGGCGUUCAAUCGAAGCAUAUUCUCAAGGUCAAACAUACGCUGAUGUAUUAAAACUGUUUUUCAGUCAAUUCUGCAAAACAUCAGUUCAAUCACAUCGUACAAUAACAAAUAAAAACAUAAACGAACCUUAA